AUUCGAGCAUCUUCGACGUGACUUCAUCGCGGGACCCGCUCGCUCCAUCCGCCUAAACUGCUUUGGGCUUCGUCACUCUCCUGUCAAUGUCAUCUUGGGAUUCGUGCGUUAUGCUUACGUUCAUUCUAUUUAAAGUAUUUGGAGAUGUUGGAGAUGGAGACAUUCAUUUAAACGCUAGAAGCUCUCUAUUCUCCCCGAAUCAGCACCCCGCGGUAUCGCAUCUUGCCUUCUCUAAGCACUUGCAUUGCCUCCUCGAUACCCUCCCCAGUCAACGAAAAGGUCUGGGUUGUAGGGAAUAUCUUCUUCUUCGCUGCAAAUUCCAACAGAGCUCGAGUACUGUGGCGAGAGGCAACCAAAGAGCCCUGAACCCGAAUACCUUGGAAGCACAACUGCAGCGUGGGAAUCGCAGACGGCUCGAACGUCGCAGUCAGCGGAUAAAUGGAGCUGGGCGAAUCCAUGAGUGGAAUUAGACUGAUACAGGUUAGCUAUGGUCAUUUGUCAAUUGGCAGGCCACAUACGAUUGGUAAUCCAAACCACCACUUCCGCAAAGCAGCAAAUGCUUGAGAGGCUUCAGGUCCUUCGGCUUCUCUCCUGAGCGAAACACAUGAUACUCAGAAGCACCGUACUCCGUGGCUUCUUGUCUCUUGGA